AUGAUGAAUUGAUUAAAGGCAAUUAAGUAUUGUAUUGAAAACUAAUUAUACGUGCAUAUUGUAGGUAUUGUGGAAAUAUGUUAACACAACCGACAACUUGGAUAACUUGUCUAUCCCUAUAACAAUAUCUUCGCUAUUAAGGAUUUUGAAAAAAUGGUGAACAAUCGUUCGAGACUCUUUGCUUAUAUAUGUUAUGUUUCUUUAAAUUGUGUUUAGAAGAUGAAAAUGUUUACUAUUAAGCCCAAGAAAGAUAGUAAUUUCUUCCUACAGUACUGCCACAAACAGAUGACCAACGGCAUGCAGGAGUCGGAGGACGUCGUAAAUUAACUCCACCUAUUGCAUUUUUCAUUGACGUUCAGGUAAAAUACAAGGAGCUACCAUGCAUUGAAAGUUACGCAGUUUUGUAAAUGUACAAAUGAACCAGAAAAUGUGUAAUUGUCUGUCGUUACAGUCGUCUGCUGAAUCCGUCGUCGUCAGCGUGAUGGGACCCAAAGAUAUGUGGCACUGGCAUGAUUUUAAUGAUCUUUUUAUAAUCUUAAUUAGAAUGUAUUGGCCAAUCUCUAUGAUUUAUUGAAUUCAAGCAUAGUACGCUCCAGAAGUGUCCCAAUACUUUUCUUGAUACAAUGAUGUCUAAUAUUUCAUGUCACAGUUUGUUAGCAUUUAAUUUAAUAGCUACAUAUCACUACUUGUGCUACUUGUACUUUUAAGAACUAUAUUCUAAAUAAAAUAGGCCUCGGUGUGUUCAAUUUUAUUUAUUUAUUUAUUUUUGCUAUGUAGGAGGGGCACCGGCCAAGGGCAGUAAAUUCAUAAGAAUAAAAAAAAAAAGCCUCACUAAGGUAUCGGUCCCGAAACAGUCAAAAGUGAUUCAGAAUUUAACAAGGGAAGACCUGAGUGGAUGAAACAAUGGAUACCACAGAGAACCUUGCACUGGAUAUUCCCUUAUUGGUGAGAGUAAUUCAUAAGGUUGUCUUCCUGAACACCAUAUGCUGCUAGCUAUUCAUUUAAUUUACUUUUUUUUUUCCAAAUUGCAGAAAACGAAGUAAAAAUGCAUAAAUUUUGAUAACCUGUCCUUGAAGGGAAUCUUGUAUGUUUGAUAAAAAAAUAAAUAAAAAUUUACAGAUGUGGCAUAAUUUCCAGUUCUUUAGAAAGUGUGGCAUACGUAUCUCUUUUGCAUAUUACUGAAUGAUCUAUAAUGUUACUUUUGAAGAAAGUAUACUGAUUUGAUUCACUGAAAUAGUUGUAUACUUAUUUGAAGUUUUACAUAUAUAUCGUUUACUUCAUACAGUGUUCUUUGUGUUUAACCGUUCUUAUAUAAAUAUACUGAAUUGAUUACAGCUGGAUGUCAUAUUUCAUGAAGGUAAUUUUUGCUAUUGACGCCCCGACCAUCCCCCCCUUCUCCACUGUUCCUAACUUUCCAGAGCGAGUUAGCAUCCGCCUCCCAUCUUGGGCAGAGCGUGGUCGAGCCAGAAGGUAAGCCGCAGGCAGGAUCCAGGUAGAAUCCGCCGCCCCACGCCCACCCUCCGGUUCCGCUGGAUGCCAGCACUCGGCCGCACCCACCCUACCUCCCUACCUACUACCCGAUACCAUACCCGCUAUCCCGCAUUACUCACUCCGACUCGACUCACAGCUUACCAAUAUUACUAUUUUUUUUAAUUUGCAUUCAAAACUGCAUAUAUAUUACUAUAUUAUUAAUGUUGUAAUAGUGCAUUACGACUUUUACCUCAAUAGCAUUAUCAAAAUAUGCGAUUUGUACUGAUGAGAGGAUAGACACGCUGUCUAGAACCUAACAAAGUCUGGUUUUUGGUCUCUUCAUCUUAUUGUUUCGUUUGUGAGCGUAAACGUAAAGUUAAGAAAAAUCAACAACUCUGUGGCAACUGAACUGGUCUGCUGAUGUCCACACCCGCACCCAGGUGCCUGCCUGUCUGCCAGGACGGCCGCCCACCCGGCCCUCGCAUACCCCCCACCCUUCUGCUCCCUCCCAGGCCAGCCUUCCUCAGGUCUGCCCACCUGCCCUCCUCAGAAUCAGGUACUGGGAUGGUAAUAGUGGCUAACACAAUGCCUAUAAAGCUCACUUACCUGUAAGCCAACACCCAAGUUUCGACUCAAUCGUCUUGGAAGCCAAGGUCUGUGUUCCUACCAGUGAAUGAAUAUUGCCAAGAUGCCGCUUCCCUCCAGCGUUGUUAGCGAGUCUGUUGUUUGUUUGAUUUCUCUGUUGUUUCAGUGUUUUUAUUUAAACUGUAAAUUUUAUUUUUUGGAUUUUGUUCUGAAGUAUCGCAUGUGUUGCUCUUUUUAUUUUUAUGCUUUUACUUCAAUUUAGCCACUUGUAUAUUGUCGGUCUUGAGAGGUGGGCGGCAAGGAUCGUGGAGUAACCACGGACCCCCUCGGUAUGGAAGGAUGUCAGUCAGGUUUGUGUGUGUGUGUGUGUGUGUGUGUGUGUUAUUCACCACGGUCGUCUACUGGUUACCCAGCCAGCCCUACGGAGCAAGUUCAGAGCUCAUACUAACCGAUCUUCGGGUAGGACUGACACACACACACACACACACGCUCCAGUGGAUGUUCAUUGCCCGAGGAAUGAGAAAUGACCCAAUCACACAUCCUUAUAUUCAUCGACUAAUGCAUUAAUUUUGAUAUCAAACUCUGUCGACAAGUUGUAUUGACUUGUUCAGGGAAAUUUUAGAAGUCAAUCGUAUCUUUCACUCACACACACACACACACGGAUGGACGGACGUACUGUACACUCCACCAGUCCGACCACACACGCCUCGGCUGAUGCCAGGGACACAGACAGUUCACAGAGAGACUGAGCUCGGCGGACGGGGAGGCCGCCUGCUUCGUGCUUCCUGAAGUAUAAUGUGGGGCAGUUUUCGUUAGGUGUUUUGGGAGUGAAUCCCUGUUAUAAAUUUCUUAGUGAAAGUACUAAGUACCAUUUGUAUGUAGUGACAAGUGUUUUCGAACAGCGAGUUCUGGUUUUCAGUAUCGUGACUUGUGGCACUGAAACAGCAUUUUGUGAACAUUCAGAAAAAGAAGAAUAUUUAGAUGCUUGACAGUAAACCAAUGAGGUGACAAAAAUGGGGACAUUCCAGAAGUUCUGCCUCAGGUGGAACAAUCACACAACAAAUCUACUUGGAACUCUUGGCCACAUUCUUGCUUCUGAACAACAUUCAGAUGUUACAUUAUGCUGUCAAGGUGAAGUUUGGCGGCUGCACAAAUUGGUAUUGUGUGCAUCCAGUAGUCAUUUUGAGAAGCUACUUGGUGCACUUCCUCCUGGCAACUCUCCAAUAGUUGUAUUGGAUGGUCCUCAUCCUCAAGAUGUUGCUUCCUUAAUCCACUUCAUUUAUCAUGGGGAAGUAAAUGUUGAUCAAGAAAACCUUGCAUCCCUUCUCAGAACAGCUGAAAGCCUCAAAAUUAAAGGUCUAGCAGAAGUUUCCUCAGUAACCAGUGGUAGUGAUCACAAAAGUCAUAGUGAAGAUGACUGUCUAAGGCAACAUAACAGAGGAAGAUCAAGGGUUGACAACUGCCAUUCUACUCCAAUAUACAGUCUUUGUGGUGAAUAUUCAACAGGAAUGUAUGGCUUUAUUCCACAGGUUUUAUCUCCUCAUAACCAAGUAGCUGAUCCCUUAGAGCGAGAUCCAUCUCCCCUAAACCUUUCCUUUAAUGGUACUUUAAGAAAUAUUCAUGAUGAAACUCCUCAGGAGAGACAAGAGAGACGAAACCGACUUGAUGACCUUCUGUAUGCUGCUACUGAACGGAGCAAAAAAGAAGAGAGAAGAGAGGCUCGUCGUGAGGCACGUGAGGCAGCUCUUCGUGAGGCUGCAGCAGUUCGAGAGUCCUCAGUUAUUCUUUCAAAUGAUCAGGCUGUCAUUCCACCUGCAAAGCGUGCAAGAGUGGGUGAUAUUCCUCGACCCUCAAGUCAUCCUGCCCAUCCAGCUUUCCACAUUCCUUUGGUAAAUUUGACCAUUCCUUCCAGUGCUUCAGCAUCAGUCAUAGCAACUCAGAAUCUGUCUACUCAAACCUCCUGUGCUUCACAAUCUUCUCCUUGUGAAAAUGCAUCCAUAGUUGUCCAAGAUACAGAUGUCCAACUGGAACAACUUGAAAGACAAGAUAGUGAGGGAACUUUGGAAAAAUCUCCAUGUAAAAGUGAAAAAGCUGAAGAGUUUAGUGACAUAAAUACCAAUGAGGAAACUGCUCUAAACAGUGAUGAGAGUGAUACUCAAAGUGCUCCUGAGACGCCCAGUGAGGCUGUUACUGUCUCAGGUCUCCAAGUUGCAGCUCCCUCCACUACUACAACAGCUACACAAGUGUGUACAUCUUAUGGAGUUGAUGGUGUAAGCCAGACAUCAUCAUCUGUAUCCAUAGCUGUCUCCAAUACCCACCUCAUUUCCACAAACAAUACUGCCAAUACUCCUUCUUCAGAGCAAAAUGAGGAGAAGGUGACACCAUAUUAUCACAGUAUCUUGCAACAGGUUGCAGAAGGAAAUGCAAGUGGAGAAACUGCAUCUUCAAAUGCUCAGAGAGUUACCAUUAACAUGAGAACAUUUAAGGAGGAAUGGAGAAGACAGCUGCUAGUUGACUAUGAUACACGAACUAACAUGAGCAUUUGCAUGCUGUGUUUCACCACAUUCAAGUCUUAUGAUGGACCAAGAAAAAAUACUUAUGUUAAACAUGCUAAGCGUUUCCAUCCAUCUUUAGAAGAAUAUUCUGAACAAGAACGGGACCUCAUCAUCAAUAUGUAUGAAAAGUAUCACAAGUAUGAUGUGGAUAUGCAAAAAGAAGUGAACAAGUCUUACAGAGCUGCAAAUGCCAUAGUAGCCUUGGGUAAGAAGGGAGCCAAGCAUUGUGAUACAAACACUGAAGCAGCAUGUGCCAAUGACUUCAACCUCAAGAUUACAGCUGAGGGAGAUGGUCAUGAUGAAAGUAAAGAAACUUCUGAACCAUCGAAUCAGAAAGAAGAAGAAUCUUCAUGUAUUUCAGGAAAAAGCAGGUCACACACCCCUGAAAGUGAUGUCAGUCUUGAAACAAGUGAAAGGAAUCCAGAAAAAUUUGAAAGUGAAGAUAUUAGGGAAAAUGCAAAGAACAAUAAUAUUUCCACUGCACAGCUGCAAAAAAGGAGUUCAGUGAGUAUGAGAAGUAAAACAGCAACAUCAGCCACAACAGUUUCUGUAUGAAUUAAUUAUUUUGUGUUAAUUCUCAUAUUAUUUUACAGUAAUCUUUGUAGCUUUAGCAUGUUUUAGCUAACAGCCUAGUACUUCAAUGUGAUAUAAAUGCAGACUGAGAGAUAAUGUCUUUAUUUUGUUUGUUUUUCUUAUUUCAACCUUGCUAUCUUUACAUUAAAGAAUUUAAGAAAAAUUGACAGUUAUUUACUGUUGCUUUUGUGAUGAAUUAGAAUAUGUAUUUUAAACAAAGAGGCUUUGUGCUCAAUAUACAGUCAUAGUUAAUGUUUAUUUUGCAAAAAAUUAGUGUACCUAUUUACUCAAAUAUACAAUAUUUCAUAUUCAGUAUGGAAAAAGAAACUCAUUAAGUUUUUAUGCACUAUAUGAUAAAUAAUGUCA